AACAUAUUUGUGUUUAUUUCAAAUGAAGUAAAAAUAACUGAAGAUGACAACGAUAUUUGAUUAAAAAUUAUUUUACCCAAAAAGUAAACAAAACAGACAGAAAAGACCAAUUAUGAACAUAGACUAGACUUAGAAGAGGACUCAGUAUACGGGUGUAAGGAUGGGUAUAUCAAUGGGAAUACAGUAUAAAACUGUGAGGGACAAAGAGAGAGGAGAUUUUAUAAAAUGUAUUCCAGAUCACAAGUAUCGGACAUUUCCUCGAAGGCUGAUGAAAGAACCAUUCUCACUCUUAUUGGAUUUUACCCAUCAAAAGGCAGUGGCACAGGAUUUGUAUUGGUGGACUGAUGCUCAAUUUCUCCCACAUGAUGACACUGUAUUAUUUGUAACUUCCGGACCAUUUGAACCUAGAAGCCAGCAUGCAUGGGUCAAUCUAAGGCAUGCACCAAAUGGCAGAGUUAUCAAAAUGGAAUUAGAGAGGACCAAGCUUGGUGGUGAGACAUUUUCACACACAAAGAUGGCAAAUCUUCCCAAACUUCAAAUGCAUCCAUCUGGGAAUUAUAUAGGUUAUAUUUCACCGGAGUCAAUCAAACUUGAGACUGUGGAACAUAAAGAUGUGUUUAACAAGUAUAAAGACUUACGCAUGUGUAACUACAGGUUUAUAUCAUUUGCCCCUAAUGGAAGACUAAUGGCUGUACUGAUGAGCUGUUCUAAACAGUAUGAACUCCUGGUAUCUAUGAUAGACAAAGGCUUUGCCUUCAAUGAUCGAGUGGUUGAUUUAAGCAAACUAUUACCAGGUUUCCGUAUAUUUCACUACAACGAACAUGUUGAAUGUAAAUGGUCACCAGACAGCGAGCUUAUUGCAGUGUGUUCUUCCAUUAACUUUAUGUUCAUAUUAAACAAAGAUUUACAACUGGUGUUGAAUAUUGUAGCAGAUGUACUACCAGAUGAAGUGUUCCCCAGCUGGGCUUCUACUUUUGAUUUUAAUCCAUGUUCUUGUCAUGAACUGUUAGCUGUUGGGACCAAUGACCGAUGUGUUUACUUCCUAAACCUAGAGUCUAAGGAGAUAGUUGAACAAACAGAUGCCCUUAGCAGAGAUGCUAUCGAUUGCUUGCAAUAUCACCCAUUUGGAAAAUAUGUUGUCAUAGCAACAAGGAACUUCAGCCUUUUCUUACUGGACCCAUGUGAUGGAACCAUUCUUCGUAACUUUGAUAUGCACUCGGAAAGUCCAAAUUUGAAACAGAUCAUGUAUAGUGUACCAAAUUUGAUACGUCUUUCAUUUUCAACAACUGGGAAUCAACUUGCCACCUCUGCAAGUGAUGGGAGAAUUCGAGUGUAUCAGAUGCCACAGUAUAUUUCACUGUUUGACCUUUGUAAAUGGGCCAUAUUUUCUUGGGUUCCUAGUACAAAAUUGAAUGAAUUACCAUUACCAAGCCAAAUUGUCUCAAAACUUCUAGCAUAUCCUUCUAUGAAAUGAUUUUAAUCAUUUCUGCAGGGAUAAAUAUUGGGAUUUUAUAAAA